AUGUCCAGCACAAAUGGCCAACAGGAUUAUCUCAAUGGCCACUCCGGCUUUAUCCUCGCCGUCUUCUGCGUUGUCUCCCUGUUGGUUAUCUGGCCCGUCAAGAUUCCGCUGCCGGCGGUUCUCCAACGGCUUCUACUCUCAAUGCUGCUGAACACCAGAGUCAUCGGGUUCAAUGACUUCAAAGCCCUAUCCAACCGUCGGCUCCACGUCCACUUGUCGCUCACCACCGCCCCGGUCAUCGCCGUCAUUCUGCUCCUCGCGACAACGACUAUACAUGGCUCUACCAUUCGCCUUGGUAUUGUCGGAGAUGAAACUGUCAAACCCUACGACGUCCUUGUUCUUUUUAUCUCGCUCGCCUACAUCUCGAUUGCCCUUGACGGCACCGGCGCUCUCGAGGCUACCGCAUUCUACAUCUCCAAACGUGGCGGCAGCUCCGGCCGCCUGCUCUUCACUUAUCUCUACGCCUUCUUUCUGCUCACGGCGUGUAUCGUGGGCAACGACCCGCUCAUCCUCUCUGGCACGCCUUUUCUAGCAUACCUGAGCCAGCAUACGGGGCUUGAUCCUACGGCCUGGGUGUUUGCAGAGUUCAUGGCAGCGAACACUGCCUCUGCCGUCCUGGUGAGCAGUAAUCCGACCAACAUUCUCAUCGCGGGGAGUUUUGGGCUCAACUACUUGGCCGACUUCACUAAGUGGACAGUUCUUCCCUCUCUGAUCCCAGCGGCUUUGAACUAUCCGAUUCUUCUAGGCAUGUUCUGGAGGAAGAUCCCCAAGACGCUGACUCCAUUGACGGACGACCCGUGGAGCAAACUCCGUGACCGCACAGGUGCGUUCUUCCUUAGUGCUUUGAUGCUGGUUACGGUGUCUGUGCUUGUCGGUACGAGCUUCGUGCCGGGUCAGGCGGUCGAGGUCUGGAUGGUCACCGCGCCAGCUGGAGUAUCGGCGUUGUUGUUCAAUAUUAUAAACGACUGGUUUCAUCCGGAGGUUGGUCGAGAAAUUGUUCGGCAGCAGUCACGGGAUUCUGCCGCAGAGAUGUCGGAGAUGGACCAGCGGCGGUCGAGACCAAUCCAGGUCCUUCUCCCACAGGGCGACCAAUUGCAUGACCCUUCAGAUCGAGAAGGAGGGCUCCCGUUAUCCGAAUCCUCCGAGUCCCCAUCACCAUCACCGCCAGUUCAAGCAAAAGACGAGGAAAAUAUAACAGCCACGGGCGACACCCAACCUACCGGAUCCAAAUCUCGGCCUCUUUCUCUCCACUUUGCUGCAAGGGAUCAAGUCAACAAGGAAUCCCUGCCCAGCACGCAAGCCGGGCACAAAUCACUGACCUCUCUCCUCCGCGCGUUUUUAUCACGAUUCCCCUCCACAGCGCAUACCGUCUCCCUCCUCCCCAUCCCACUUCUCCCUUUCGCAAUGGCCGAAUUCAUCCUUGUCCGCGGCCUCGCUCAGCGCGGAUGGAUCCGGGUCUUCGCAACUGGGUUUGCCCGUGCAUGCACAUCCCCCCCCGCAACAGUCUUUUUCUUCGGCUUCGUUAGCGCUGCGUUCCUGUGCCCGUUGGCCGGGACGAAUAUCGGUGCGACAAUCAUCCUCGUGGAGAUUAUCCGAGAUCCUCAGUUCAUGCUCUCCGACCAUGUGCAACGUGAUCCGAGGGUAUUGCCUAGUGCAAUAUAUACUGUGGCAAUGGGUAGUAACAUCGGGGCAUUCAGCUACACGUUCGCCGGGUCUCUGGCGGGGCUGCUCUGGAGGGGUUUACUCGCGGACAAGGGCGUGCGUGUUAGUCAAUGGAAGUUCGCCAGAGUGAACCUGUUGCCGCUUCUGAUGCAGAUUGUAGUGUCCAGUGCCAUUGUGCUGGGGGAGGUUUACUGGUUUGUAUAG